AUGUCUCCCAUCUCAAACCACUACCUGGUAUCGCCCCACCUGGGCCCGCUUUCGCCCUACCCAACUCCACAGCACCAUCCUCGGCAGCACCAUUAUUCGAGUCCACAUCAUGAUCCCACCAUGGUUAGCGGUGGUAUGGCCAAACAGUCGAUUCCGACCAUGAUCCUUCCGGCUUCGGCUUUGUCGUCCGGUGGACUCCCGGUUCUCCCUCACGAAAUGUCUUCUUCGGGUUCGUCAUCGACGAGGGCUUAUACGAACAUCUUGCCUAGUAGUAACGGCAAUAGCAAUAACAGCAACAAUAACGAUAUGAGUAUGGGCUCGCCGACUAGUGGACCUGUCGACCCCCGGUCUGCACCGCCAUCUCCUCGGCGGUACGUGAUGCUACCUCCUCAGAGCCCCGCCAUGGGUCCCACCUCUUCCUCGUCUAGUCGCCCCUCCAGAUCCCAAGGCCGGAAAUCCAGUGCCAGCUCCACAUCCUCCACCUCUGCUGCUGCCACCGCCAUGGCUUCUUCUGUCUCUUCCUCCACCACCACCCCAUCAUCAUCAUCAAGGCGGCGCGCCUCGUCAAACUCCAGAGUCGUCGACCAAGAGACUCGGGACUUGAUGCGAAAAGUAUCCCACUCUGCCAUUGAACGUCGCCGCCGCGAGCGGAUCAACGACAAGAUCCUCCAACUCAAACAUCUCGUCCCGGCCUGCAUCGACGAAGAUCACCUCCACAAGCUCUCCAUCCUCCAAUCGACCAUCGAAUACAUCCAGCACCUCAAGUCCGUCCUCCCAGAAUCGCUUGCGAAUAUAAAGGUUGGCAAGGCGACGAAUAGUAAUCCGAAUAACAAGACGACCGAUAUGUUGGAUGCUUUGGGGGCAGGGAUUGCGAAUAAGGUGCCGUUGACGCCGUUGAUGACCACGACAUUGGGCCAUGUUUAUCCAAAGCGGCUUAAGCUUGACAAGCACCACCAUUCGUCCUCCGGGUUUUCGUCCUCGCACCAGCAAGGUCAACACCACUACCAGUCGUAUGAUGACAGAUCAUCCGGCGCCAACGCCUCAGGAAUGCACUCCUCCUCGUCUGACGACGAUGCCAAGGAUGGACUGUUGCUCCUCGCUGGUGGACCUCAAUCCUCUUCCUCAUCUCCAUCGUCUUCUUCUUCCUCGUCGCCAGUCGAAUCCGGUUCCCGAUCUGAACACAAGCGCGGGCUUCGGAAACGGGAUAGCAACGCCAUUGCUUCUCAGGAAUCUGGAUAA